AAAGGGUUCGGGAGUCCAGACCUGUUCCUUUCUGGGCGAUGCCGAGGGUUUAAGAACCUCAGUCUCCUUCGGAGGGUAGACGUAGAGGGAGGGAGAAUCUGGGAAGUCCGAUACUGCACGAGCAAUGGAGCGCUGCAAGCGGAUUCGCGUAGUCUUCAGAGAUGACAACAUUUUGAGCGACUCACAAGAAUCGGAGGGGCUGCGCCGGAGCUGGGUUCUUUUGAAACCCAGCGAACACAAAACUGUUUCAGAUGUUGCCUCCUUCGUCCUCCACGCUUUUCAGCUUCAAGAAUCGUGCCCCCAUGGCCUCGUCCUCUCCGCAUCUGGCUUUGUGUUGCCGCCUUUCGAAUCUACUUGCAUUCUGAAGGAUGAUGAACUUAUCAGUGUUAGGAAGAAAAGAAAUGUCUUAUGUAUAGAGGGUGGGAAUGCUUCAAAGGAAGUUAAGAAAGUGAAAACUGCAGGGAAGCAACCUGUUGAUAGUGAUGUCUUUCUGCUGGCGAAUGAGGAAUUUCAGAAAGAAAAAGGUGCAGAGGAGAGUGAAAACAAUGAAGAGGCGGAAGAAGGUGAGGUGCUUGAAUGUAUUUUAGGUGGAAAUGAAGAACCAAAACAUCGUAAAAGAAAAGCUAAAGAGAAACUUCAGAGCUCAAAGAAGAAGAGGAAGCGCUCUGAGGCUAAUGAUGCUGAGGACAAAUUUGAAGCAGGGAAGUCUGAGAACUCUCAUCAAGGACGAGAUCGCAAAAAGAAAAAGAUUUCCUGUGAGGAGAAAAAUGCUGUUUCGCCUGGGGAAGAUAAUGAGGCAGAGAAUGACGAAAGUGCUAAAUCAAGAAAUGGUAAAGAGAAUGACGAAGGGAGCGAGGAUGCCAUGGCCACCCCCACUACAGAAAAAAAGAAGCUUCCAAGCAGAAGUGCACGGCGUAAGUAUCAGAAAAGGCAGUGGUUGAAGGAGAUGAAAAAAAUUCAGAAGAAAAACAUGAGUGGUGAAUCAGAGGGCCUUCGGAAUUGGAAGGAAGAUCAAGCUAAAGCUAAAAAAAACCAGGUGGAAUGGCAGCCGAAUUUGAAAGCAGACCAAGGUAAAGCUAAAAGAAACCCGGAGGAAGGACAGCAAGGAUGGAAAAAGCAUCAAGCUAAUGGUGGAAGAAACGAUGAUGGCCAACCCAAAGGACUGCUGCAUUGGAUACAAUCUCCUCAGGAUGAUACUUUUGUUAAGGAGAAAAAACGUGGCCGAAAGAAUCAAUAUGCUUAUAACAAAAAUCAAGGUCAAAAGAGUGAUGGAUUUGAGCACUCAAAUAAAAUAGAAGGUAAUGCACCUGAACAAAAAAUUAAAAAAACUUGUGUAGGAGAUUCCAGUGAAACUAAUGAUGCAUCUGAGCAACCAACUGAAGAAAGCGACGAGGAGAAUGAAGUUGUUCCAGUCGUAAUAAAGCCAGGACACAUUCACUUCAAGCCCUUAGCAAAAGAAGCAAAACAAGCUGUUCAGAAAGAGUACAGACCUUCGGAGAACUUCCAGUGGAAUGGGAUCACCAGCAAGAAGAAAGGCCAGCAAUGGGGAAGGGAAAAGCAUUCAUCAACUUCACAAAUUCAUUUCCAAAACCCAAGCAAGGUGUGUUCCGAAGUGGCGGCUAAUGAGAAGAAUAAACCAGUGGAUGCCGGAGUCUGUUUGGAGAACCUCCCACCUCUUACCGGCGUGCCUAAGGAGGGAGAUAUCAUUGCCUAUCGGAUUCUGGAACUGUCACCAAACUGGACCCCUGAGCUUUGUGAUUUUCGAGUUGGAAAAGUAUGUUGGUAUAAUACCAAGUCUGAUCAAAUAUUGCUGGCGCCGGUACCCGAAUAUCCUAUUCAUUUUAAGAAGCUGAAUGAGGACGGAGCUGAAGAAGAACAACACGACUCUCUCUAUGCGGAAGAUGGUUCGUUGAAGACCGGCUUUUCUUCCCUCAUCGAUGCUCGCAUCUUUGACAAUGGGACAUCAAAUUCAGGAAAUGAACCAAAUACUGCGACUGAAUGUGAUGGAGCCAAAGAAAAUGCUACGGAUAUUGUCUUACCCGGCAAUCAAGAUCAGCCUACUGUUACUCCAAACCAAGAACUAAACCAGGCUAAAGAAGCAACCCUUCCCGCCUCAGACAUCUGGGAUCAAAUCAACGAGGCUCUAAACGCCAAGAAGGAGCAGCUAUCCAAAGAUGGCUGGACAACUCCCAAAAUGGCGGCCGAGUCCUUCCAACAAAAUACAUGGGAGGAAAGAGCCAAAAAUGUGAAUUCAUCACCAGCAAGUAAUUCGACGGCGCAGCCAGCGCAGGACAAUCAAUGGGAGGAACUAGCAAGUAGCGUAAAGCCAUUAGCAGGAAGUAGCUGGGGAAAGAGUAAUCGGAAGGUAGAGUCACCGUCUGGAAAUGGUUGGCAGAAGAACACUCGUAAGCCAUUCGUCAGGAAAUGAUUCGACGAAAUACACAAAAUCCCGAAAGACAGCAGCAUUUUGUCAAGAGAAGGUACCGUUUUCUUCGAGUAGACUGUUCUCGGCCUUUUGUUAAACUUGUGGUAUUCGAUACUCAAUUUGUUUUCCGGUCUUGCGUCGCAAUGAACCUAAGUUAGGACAAUGAGAUGAAUAUCGAUAAUCUAAUCUAUAUCUAUUUUCGGCUUGCUUUUCAACAAUGUAAGAAUAUAUAAAAUGGCAAGAAGGUAGGACACAAUCUAAAGGUAAAGAAAUGUAUGCAGACAUAAAAUUCCAGCAACGUUAAAUUUGUGUGAUGUUUGCAAUGCCACCACUUAUUGUGAUGA